AUGGCGGCCGCCACCUCCUCCUCCCUCCUCGGCCGCCGCUUCCUCCUCUCCCGCCGCUUCGUCUCUUCUCCUUUCCGCCCCUUGUCCUCCACCGCGCCCCCGUCCUCACACUCGGCCGCGGUAUCCGAUGCCGAGCCGGACCCUGAGCCACCCGCCGAUCAGGGUAAUCAGUACCGGAGCCAGCCGAGGCCUCCCAACACGACCCGCACCCUCGAGAAUGGCCUCGACCACGGCAUCUACAAGGCUAUAAUGGUGGGAAAGGUGGGUCAAGAGCCUAUGCAGAAGCGGCUGCGGAGUGGGAAGACCGUCGUGUUGUUAUCGCUGGGCACCGGCGGCAUCCGCAACAACCGCCGCCCGUUGGACAACGAGGAGCCGCAUCAGUACGCGGAACGCAGCUCCGUGCAGUGGCACCGCGUAUGCAUCUACCCGGACAGGCUGGGUAGCCUCGCGCUGAAGCAUGUCAAGACCGGAUCUCUUCUCUAUUUGGAAGGAAAUAUUGAGACAAAGGUGUUCUCCGAUCCUAUAACUGGGCUCGUUAGACGCAUAAGAGAAAUAGCUGUUCGAGGAAAUGGUCGGCUUCUGUUUCUUGGUAACGAUGGCAAUGGCCCCAAGAUAGGUGAAGUGAAGGGCGUUGGGUACUUCUGA